AACAUAUAAGCCGGCCAUAUUACAGAGAUGGAAAUAAAGCUUCCUUAAUGUUGUAUAUGACUUUGAAGUACAUCCGUGCAUUUUUUUUUUAGCAUCUAAUCAUUCCUCCCUUGUAGUCCUCGGCCCCUCAAAUCACCCUCUCCCAUACCCCACCCGACUAACAGCUCAGUCUCUGAAAAUGCACAGAGAUGCCUGGCUACCUCGCCCUGCCUUCAGUCUCACGGGGCUCAGUCUCUUUUUCUCUUUGGUGCCACCAGGGCGGAGCAUGGAGGUCAUGGUCCCCUCCAUUCUCAAUGUCCUCAAUGGCUCUGAUGCCCGCCUGCCCUGCACCUUCAACUCCUGCUACACAGUGAACCACAAGCAGUUCUCCUUGAACUGGACUUACCAGGAGUGUAAUAACUGCUCUGAGGAGAUGUUCCUCCAGUUCCGCAUGAAGAUCAUUAACCUGAAGCCAGAGCAGUUUCGAGACCGUGUGGAGUUCUCAGGGAACCCCAGCAAAUAUGACGUGUCAGUGACGCUGAAAAAUGUGCAGCUUGAGGAUAAAGGCAUCUACAACUGCUACAUCAUGAACCCACCAGACCGCCACCGUGGCCACGGCAGGAUCUACCUGCAGGUCCUCAUGGAAGAGCCCCCUGAGCGGGAUUCCACAGUGGCAGUGAUCGUGGGUGCCUCGGUGGGGGGCUUCCUGGCUGUGGUCAUCUUGGUGCUGAUGGUGGUCAAGUGUGUACGGAGGAAAAAAGAACAGAAACUGAGCACCGAUGAUCUGAAGACUGAGGAGGAGGGGAAGACGGACGGCGAGGGCAACGCGGAUGAUGGCACCAAGUAACAGGCGGGAGCCCCCAGCCUGUUGCCCUCCCCUGUGUCCUAUCUCCCUCCCACUCUGCCCUGUACAGUGCAACCCCACCUGCCCUCUCUUGGUGUGCUUCUCUUUGACCAGGAUCCCAGUGCCAACCUUGGGCCUCCGAGCCUCUCACUUCUCACCCCCCCACCCUGCACCAAGAGUGACCCACCUCUCUUUCAUCUCAGAAAUCUGCCGUGACCCAUGGGACACGUAGGCCCUGGGGUGGGGGAAUGGGGCUCAAACCUGCCAGUCCCUGAGAGGAGGCCGGGGGCAUGUGUGAAGGCCCC